GUCUAAAAUCUUCUUCCGUACCAUACCGGCCGCUAUGCUGGUACAACUACUAGUACGUACGUACCGGUACGUUCCAUCAACCAAGGGGUACCAGGUAUCGUUGAUGUCUGUCCAUGGUCCGAAGGAAUAAUAUAUUUCUUCGAAAAUCUUCUUCCGUCCAACAGAAAUGGGUCACGCAUUAGCGAAACGCAAACCUUCCGUACAGUACAGUACUGUACAGUACCUGGUACGGCACGGAUGCUCCUUUCGUACUGUAUCAUUGCAAUAAGAGUACGAGUGAUACGUGAAGUACCAUACCGUACCGUAACUACUGGUAGUAUUGGUCAAGAACUGUAUCCCUUUCAAUGAUUCGAAACCCUCGUCGUAUCGAUAGCAAAACUUGGUAAUACCCUCUCCCUUCGACAAUACCGAAAAGCAAGCUUGUCGUAAGAAGGAUCAUUCAUAACUCGACACAAAAUCUCACAGACGGCACAAAAAUAUGACUACUGCUGCUGAGGUAAAUAGAUAUGGGCACAGUGGAGAAUUCGCAACAUUUCUUUUGGUUUCUCGCUGCUUCCGGCGUCAUCGGCGAUUCGAUGGACUGCUAGCUGACUCCGAGCUCAAACUCACUCAACGGUUUCUUCCUCUCGUGCAUUCUUUCCCUUUUAGUUCAAAGCUUUGGGAAAUGCCGCAUUGCAGGCCAAAAAGUUCUCGGAGGCCAUCGCAAAUUAUAGCAAGGCAAUCGACUUGGAUGGAAGCAACCACGUGUACUUUUCCAACCGGUCGGCUGCCUACCUGAGCAAAGGGGACGGAAACAAUGCGCUAGAGGAUGCCAAUUCAUGCAUAGCCCUUAACCCAGAAUUCACGAAGGGAUAUUCUAGAAAGGGUGCGGCCCUUCAUGCCCUGAAGCGAUACAACGACUCCAUUGCCGCAUACAACGAGGGGCUUGAAAAAUUUCCCAACGACCCGGCCCUCAAGAAGGGCCUCGCGGACGUGACACGGGAGAAGGAUGCGCCCCCCGCGGGAAUGGGUGGUGGACCACCGGGUGGAGGCCUCUUUAGCCCAUCGAUGCUUGCACAGAUGGCAAUGGACCCACGAUUCAAACAGUACCUCGACGAUCCCACCGUCAUGGGCAAGAUCAAAAUGAUCCAGCAAAAUCCGAAUCUGCUGCCCACCAUGAUGAGCGACCCAAAAAUGAUGGAAAUGCUCGGGCUAUUGAUGGGAGAAUCACCGGGUUCGAGCCAGCCGUCAUCGCCACCGGCUCCUGCACCCACACCCGCACCACCGAAGAAAAAAGAAGAGCCGAAACCAAAACCCAUGGAGGAAGACUGGUCCACACUUUCCCCGGAAGAACGCGAGAAGAAAGAAAUUCAAAAGAAAGCCCGCCUAAAAAAGGAGGAAGGAAAUAGCCUGUACAAGGCCAAAAAGUUCGAAGAGGCUUUGGCGGCAUACGACGAAGCUAUUGCUAUUGAUUCUACCUGCAUGACCUUUUUGUUGAACAAGGCCGCGGUCUACUUUACUAUGAAAAAAUACGACGAGUGUAUCGAGGAAUGCAACAAAUCGGUGGAAGUAGGAAAAGAAAAUAUGGCGCCGUUCGAAGACCGAGCGAAGGCCCUGACCCGCUGUGCAAAAGCAUACCAAAAGAAGGGAGACCUUGCGAAUGCAAUCGAAAUGUGCAAAUCCUCUCAAUUGGAAGCGUACAACAAAGACACCCAGCGCCUCCUCAAGUCUUUGGAACUUGAGAAGAAGAAAAAGGACAAACUUGACUACCAGGAUGAGGGCAAGGCGCAGGAAGCCAAGCAGCGCGGAAACGACUUCUUCCGGGAAAAGAAGUUUCCGGAGGCAAUCAAAGAGUACGAAGAAGCCGUCAAGCGUGCACCGAACGAUGCCGCCAUUCGCAACAACCUCUCCGCCGCCCUGACAAAAAUUAUGGAUUUCAAUGGUGCUAAGGUACAGGUUGAAAAGGCCCUGGAGCUCGACCCAAAAUACACCAAGGCAUGGGCCCGAAAGGGAGACAUCGAAAUGGCCUUUAAGGAAUACCACAAAGCCAUGGAGUCGUACAAGAACGGGCUAGAGAUCGAUCCCAAAAAUGCUGCCUGCAAGGACGGUCUCCAAAAGGUAACCAUGCAGAUCAACUACGGUCGUUCCCAGAUGACGGACGAGCAAAAGAGGGAGCAAGCCGCGCACGCUAUGGCAGAUCCCGAAAUCCAGGCCAUUCUCCAGGAUCCGCUCGUUCAACAAACCCUGAGGGAUUUCGGCGAAAACCCGUCGGCGGCCCAACAGGCCAUGAACGACCCACACAUGAGAGGAAAGAUCCAAAAAUUGAUCGCUGCCGGCGUCGUGGAAACGGCUUAGAGAAUCAAAUCAAUAAACCAACAUAGCAAAU